GGGAAUAGUGAGAUAAAACUUUAAUGGGAAGGUGCUCCUACGAAUACCGCUCUAGGACCAAUUGACUCGGGUAAGUUGACUGGGGGUUUAUAUCUGCUAAGCAGGCUAAAUGGACAAAAUACCCAAGGGGAAACUUAGCCUGUUUAAUCAAAUUACAGCGGGGUGGACCACUAUAAUCUACCCGUCGGGGGGCUUUCCACUUUUGACCUAUAAUUUGGCAAUACUUCAAUCCUUCUCAAUCUUAGUUAAACAGGCUAAAUUUCCCUUAGACAUUUAAUACGCUUUGUAAAUUAAACAUUACGAAGCUAUUAUUCCUAGGAAUAAGACGAAAAAAC